AUUCAUAUCUCAAAGAACUAAGACAGCUCUUCCAUAGUCCUCACAUCGCAUGGCGAAGAGCAAGGUCCUCGUCAUCGGCGCCACCGGCUACAUCGGGCGGAGGCUCGUGCAGGCAAGCCUGGACCAGGGCCACCCCACGUACGUCCUCCAGCGGCCGGAGAUCGGCCUCGACAUCGAGAAGCUCCAGAUGCUGCUGUCCUACAAGAGGCGCGGUGCCCACCUCAUCGAAGGCUCGUUUUCGGACCCAAGGAGCCUGGUCGACGCCGUAAGGCAAGUCGACGUCGUCAUCUGUGCCAUGUCGGGCGUCCACUUCCGGAGCCACAACAUCCUGAUGCAACUCAAGCUCGUGGAGGCCAUCAAAGAAGCCGGAAACGUCAAGCGGUUCUUGCCAUCGGAGUUUGGGAUGGACCCGGCUCUCAUGGGUCAUGCACUUGAGCCGGGAAGGGUCACGUUCGAUGAGAAAAUGGAGGUGAGAAAAGCAAUCGAGGAGGCUAAGAUCCCCUUCACAUAUAUCUCGGCAAACUGCUUUGCCGGUUAUUUCGUGGGCAAUCUCUCUCAACUAACGAGUCUCACUCCUCCAAAGGACACUGUAUAUCUCUAUGGAGAUGGCAACGUCAAAGCUGUUUUCCUUGAUGAAGAUGAUAUCGCGACAUACACAAUUAAAACGAUCAAUGAUCCGAGAACACUGAACAAGACGGUGUACCUGAGGCCACCGGAGAACAUUCUGUCCCAAAGGCAACUGGUGGAGAUGUGGGAGAAGCUCAGUGGAAGGACCCUGGAGAAGAGAAGCAUUUCUGCAGAAGACUUCCUUGCCUCCAUGAAAGGAUUGGAUUAUGCGCAGCAAGUGGGCGUGGGGCAUUUCUACCACAUAUUCUAUGAAGGCUGUUUGACAAACUUUGAAAUUGGAGAAGAAGGAGAAGAAGCUUCCCAGCUUUAUCCUGAAGUUCAAUAUACCCGCAUGGAUGAAUACCUGAAGAUUUAUGCAUGAUCGUACUAAGAAGCAUUUGAACCUAUCAGAGAACACUCUCGCCUAUCAGAGAACACUCUCGCUGUCAAAAUAAAAAUCUUUGAGUUUCUCUAUCCCGAUUCUAAUUUCUAUCAUUUAUGAGAAUAAAAAAUGG